UAUAACUGAUUCACUUUGCUGUACACCUGAAACGAACACAACGUUGUACAUUAACUAGACUCCAAUAAAAAUUAAUUAAAAACUAAAAAGGUGUUGAGGGAAUAACCAAGAGAUUCUUGCAUUUGCUCCAGAAAAUGGCAGGGACCUGCUCGGCAGCCUGUGGCCACACUGAAUACCUGUUAUUGAUCUUUAGGAGACUUUGCCUCACCCUGCAGGGUGGUGUGAGUUAAUGUGUGAUUUUAUAUAAAGGGACAAAUUUAAUGCAAACUCGGGCCUUUCCCAUUCAAUCUCAAGUUCUAGAGAUUAAAAAAUAUAUAAUACCACAAAAUGGCUCCCAUAACUGCAUUACAGAUCACUUCUUCCCCCCCCCUCCCCGCCCCUUAGGGACAAAGAGGACUGCACAUGUGGGCUCGCUUCUAAGUCCUUUUUAAAAAAGGUUAGUUUAGAAAGACUCUGCUUCCUGAGACUCCCACCCAGAUAUUUCUUGGUACAUUAUUUUUUAAAAAGUGCUCCAAUUUCUCUCGCUUAGAGAAAGGUCUUUCCUCUUCAAAUCUUUCAGGUUUUUGUGGGAUCUUAGUUCCCCAACCAGGGAUCGAACACGUGUCCCCUGCAGUGGAAGCCUAAAGUCUUAACCACUGGACUGCCAGGGAAAUUGCAUUAGGUGUUACUCUGGGAGAAGAAGUUGCCAAGGGCCUGAUUUCGGUGCGGAGGGACCCACCUGGGCCAGUGCGGUGGACGUCGGUAGGGAGUCCCGGGCCUGGUUCUAGUUACGAAAGGAACUAGAGGCCGAAGUCCAGGAAGGUGUGCAGGGAGAGAGCGGCCCGAUCCCUGGGCCCCUCCCCCGCCUGUGAUCUCCAGGCGCCCCUGCCCUUUGAGCCCGGGGCGUCUCGGGCGCUGGCACACACGCCCCGGCCGCUGCGGGGACCAACGGGGCGGGCGGGAUGCUGCGGCUGCUGGCGUCCGGCUGCGCCCGGGGCCCGGGGGGCGGCGGGGGCGCGCGGGGGCUGGUUCUCGGGGGUCGCGUGCGUCCUGCGGCGGGGCUCUGCGAUCUCGGCAGCAGCCAGAGCCGCCAGGCCUCCGACGCCCCCCGGAACCAACCUCCCAGCUCCGAGUUCGUGGCUCGGUCGGUGGGCAUCUGCUCCAUGAUGCGGCUGCCCGUGCAGGCCUCCCCCGAGGGGCUGGAUGCCGCCUUCAUCGGGGUGCCGCUGGACAUUGGGACCUCCAACCGGCCCGGGGCGAGAUUUGGACCCCGAAGGAUCCGUGAAGAAUCAGUGCUGCUUCGGACAGCCAACCCUAGCACAGGAGCCCUCCCCUUCCAGUCCCUCAUGGUUGCAGACCUAGGCGAUGUGAAUGUCAAUCUUUACAACCUUCAGGACAGCUGCCGCCUAAUUCGAGAGGCCUAUCAGAAGAUUGUAGCAGCUGGCUGUAUUCCUCUGACCUUGGGUGGAGAUCACACAAUCACCUAUCCUAUAUUGCAAGCGAUGGCAGAAAAGCAUGGGCCUAUGGGGCUGGUGCACGUGGAUGCACACACGGACGUGGCGGACAAGGCCCUGGGUGAGAAGCUCUAUCACGGGACGCCCUUCCGCCGUUGCGUGGACGAGGGACUCCUGGACUGUAAGCGCGUGGUACAGAUCGGCAUCCGGGGCUCUUCCAUGACCUUGGAUACCUACAGAUACAGCCGGAGCCAGGGCUUCCGGGUGGUCCUGGCUGAAGACUGCUGGAUGAAGUCGCUGGUUCCUCUGAUGGGAAAAGUGAGGCAGCAGAUGGGAGUCAGACCCAUUUAUAUAAGCUUUGAUAUCGACGGCUUGGACCCUGCCUAUGCCCCAGGGACAGGGACACCCGAAAUUGCUGGUCUCACCCCUAGUCAGGCUCUGGAGAUCAUCCGGGGUUGUCAAGGACUGAACGUGGUGGGUUGUGAUCUUGUGGAGGUUUCACCGCCGUACGAUCCUUCUGGAAACACAGCCCUCGUGGCGGCUAACCUGCUGUUUGAGAUGCUGUGUGUUCUCCCCAAAGUGACAGUCGCCUGAAUGUUGUGCUACGAUGUUCAAGAUAAAACUAGAGCUUACCUGGAUGACAAAUUCUCCAGAACUUAUGUGCAAGCAAUCUGAGUACUAAAGAGUUUAUGCCAAUAAAACGUUCUGCUAAAAGUGUCA